CGAUUACAUCCGCCCGGCCGAACUAGUCGUAGAUAUGAACAACGCAACUCCGCACGCACUUCUUUCUCGACGAAGCUGUUCGCAAACACACUGAACUGCCACGAGAGAGAAAAGCCAAUCUGUUGCACGGAAGUCAAGUUCUUGGACUGAUGUGCCGUGCUUGAGAGUAUGAGAGACCAUGACAGAGAGAAAGAGUUGCAAAUUAUAAACGAGGCAUGUUUUUGUUGCAAAGUAAUUUGCUACACAGAUCACGCUCUCUUUCGGCAUCUACCCGCUUUCGCACACUUACCUCUCGCCACUCGAUUUGUGUCUCAAUAUCAACUGCGCACCCUGUAAGCCAGAUCGAGAGUACUGUUUGUUGUUUGAGCUGUUUGAGCCGUUUCAUUUUCGCUGAACGGAGCAGUUCUGACCGCAAAAAUGCCACCAGUCCAGCUCCGCCGGUCCGUUUCCCCCGCCUCCCGGGGUCCUCGACCAAGAGUCUUUACUACAAAACCCCCAACCUCCACCCUCCCCUCCAACGUGUACGAGCCGCGGUGCUACACGGAGCGGAAAGUGGUGAAGAAGGACAAAAACGCCGUCUCCUCCGAUAACUGGUUUGCGACGGAGCGGGAUGGCAAACAGGCCCCGACGAAUGCCUAUUCUACUACAACAUAUGCGGAAUUGCUGAAGUUCAUCCCCACCCCUGCCUCGGCCGGCGCCGUGUCGUCAUCGCUUGCCGUGAAGAGGAAGCAGAAUGUAGGAACAAAUGCAAAACUCGCAGGAACACCAACGGCGGAAGAAAAAAGUGGAGCUUCUCCUGCUGCUGACCACCCGGUCGAAACCUCCGAUGGACCGGUGGAAGCGACUAGUCUACUCCUGCGCAGUGCGGCGGAACAACAGGACGGUAACAGCAAGCAGCCCGGUGUGAUGCCCGGUGUCAUCAACAGCAGGCAAAAUAAAUCCUGGACGCAGCUCCAAGCCCCGCCUGCCAUCCCAUUUCAGCCGAAACCUUUGGAAGAGUGGUUGAACAAAUACGACUUAAUGCCGCCCCCAAAACCCGCUCGGCAGCGGACAAACUCUCCGCCGCCGCGGUUGAACGCGAAUUUCGGGAAGAAGAAGAACGAUUUGGUCGCAACCUUACCGGCGUAUGAAGACAACGCCGCAAGGUCGGCUAGUGGCGGGACGAAGCGGGACCCGUGGAUUUACAAGGAAUUUGAUUACGACAAAAAGGAGAUCCAAUCCGCGAACAGCCAACGGAAGGAUAAGAGACAGGAGAUGCAGGUUUGUAGCAGCAGUUUUGCUGGCAUUGAAAUGUCGAAGGAUGUGAUUGUCUGGUUGUUUUGAUAGAUAAUGGUUGACAAACCAAAAUCUCAACCACGCCAAUUUGUCUCAACGUUGAGACAAAACGCCCCAACGUUGACACCGACGCCUCAACUUCGGCACCGUUUAGGUUAGGGAUUAGGGUCUAGGGUUUGGGGUUCUGGUCGCUGGCCAGGGCAGCCGCCGCCGGCCGGCCGGCCGGCGGCGGCUGCCCUGGCCGACGACGACGACCUCUCCGCCGCUGGCCGGCCGGCCGACCUCCCCGGCCGGCCGGCUGGCGUACCUCUCCGCCGCUGCCGACGAGCGUUGUUUGGGGCCGCCGGGCAAUCGUUGAGACGAUUGCCCGUCGGCCUCAUGAACGUUGAGACAAGAACGUUGAGAUUCUGGUCUGUUAACCAUAGAUAAUCAUGAUGAGUUUGUCAUGCAUAGUACCGUCACUACUUGUAUUUACACAUGAUUCUGACUUGAAGUUUGAUGCGACAUUCAUGAUUCAUUCAAAACUCGUCUACUUGGUCACAUAUCAAAAAACAGUCUCAACGCAAGACCGCGCACAAGAUGGCGGUCAGGAACAAGAAGCAGAUUUUGAAAACUAUGGGCGAAUUGAAAACGGUCAGUGGUGCGAUUUCUAUUCCAAAACCCAAACCGAGGGUGAGUCCGAAGAAGUGAGGAUCUUUUUUGCGGUGUGAAUGAUUUUGCUGUGCUGUGUUUCGACCGGAACUUACUGUUGCGUACUGGAUUGAAGCCUUAAUUUUGCUUGCGGUGUGGAAACCGUGGUAGGUGGUGUUUGUGGAGGCUUUUUGUUUUUGUUGUAGCAUUCUUGUACUCGUUGCUCUUGUUGGGCUAGAACUAGAGCUGUGCCGGCCUCUCGUGGUCCCACUCUGCGGACGUCUUGAUGAUUGAAAUAUGAAAAAAAGCUAAGUUCUUCUGUGUGCCGUUAGUUUCGUUUUCGAACUGUGACGUUUCAGACAGAACUCGUGAUGAAAU